GGUGAGUCCCGUACUGUCUGUCUCAGAAGGCAGCAGGAAACGUUGCCCUUGCACAUGAGAGUUUGGGAACCGAGCCCCUGCAGGCUCCUAUGCAAAUUGUGAAGAGUCAGUGCUGGUUGGGGGCUGCCUGGACUUGUCUUGCUGUGUCCCCGAGCUGGGAGCUCUGUUAAAGUGUUUGAGGUGGGUUUUUUUUUGUCAUUGUUCAAAAUGUCUUGUCAGAGAAGGACUCGACAGGACAACACUUAUGACAGCUGAUGGGCACUUUGUCAGCGGCUAAUUAAAGACCUAAAUGAAUGUGCAUUUAGCAAUUAAGGGGGAUCACAUCAUAGUUGGAAUCAAUAGCGGACAGUUCAGAUGUUCGGAAGAAGAACUGGGAAAGAGUUUUGCCUUUGGUCUCCUCCCUGUAAGAAUAAACCCCCGCGAACAGGACGAAUAAACGAGGUGAACCAGCUGCCGAAGCCCGGGGGUGAGAAAGAGAAGAGAAGAAAGGGGGAAAUCAUUCUACAACAUGGCGAAGAAAAUCAGCAUUUUAUUUUUUCCUCGCAUUUUCAUAAAACUGCAGUUUAUCAAAAACAAGGUCUCAGACUACAGAACAUCGUGCAGUAGCGCAGUGCGACCGGGAGGCAGCGCCCAAGAGCAGACGGAUAACCAUUCGCACAAAGUGGGGUUAGCACUUGCAGUGUCUCAAUAGGAUAUCUGUCCUAAUUAUUAGUAACACACAGCAUACGUGUUUUACGACGUUACUGAUUCUAAACUGAGAAGCAUUAAAAAUUCAACAGAAUCAGUUUCGGAACCAAUAGCAUUUGCGGCGUUUUUUAAACGCCUCUCGGUGAGUUAACCGACGCUCCAGCUACUGGACAGGAGGCUGAUGAGACCUGAUGCAUUAAUAAUAGGCUGAAACUGGUGCAAACAGCACUUAGCCCAGUUUGCAAGACCCAAGACUAGGAGUAUCAAAUGAUGUUGUCUCACCGACGUCACUCCUAGAUUAAUUGUGUCGCUGUGCGCUGUGCUGUAGAUGCACUUUCGUCGCCUUUCUAAUGGACAGACUGCGCCAGGCGUUAGAACUGCACACAACCCGGCUCUGCAAUCUACCUUCUCCGACAAGAAGAGCAGCGUAUUUAAUAACUUCCCGGAGCUGCGGGCUGUAAUCGCGUCCUGGCAUCAUCGCUACCCCCCGACACGCACACACACACAGACAGACCUCGAGUGUGGAAACCACACUCACAGCCCCUUCAUACUUCCGCUCCCCGUGCCUUUUUUUAAAAAAAACUAGAAACACCCCACUCGAUGCUCGUUACGAAAUCAUGCUGUUUCCCAGCGGAGUCGCAGCGCCCGUGAAGAAGCUGCCCCUGCGCGCCGCGCUGCCCGGGGUCUAACUGGAGGGCAGCCGGCCGGCUCUGGGAGCGCUCCGACUGUGGCUGGGUGCUGCUCCGGGAGCAUGGAGGAGGCGCCCCAACACAGCAGCGCCUGCGAGCAGGAAGCGCUGUCCUACCAGAGGAGGAUGUGGAAAAAUUUUCAGGAGAAAACCAAGCCGUUCCUGAGCCCCAAGAUCGGCUCGGACCGUCGCAGUGCAGACGGCAAGAAAGAGCCGGGGAAAUGGACGUUCAGGAGGAAGAGGGGACCGGAGCUGGACCGCGUCUUCUCCUCUUCCCAGCCCAACCUCUGCUGCUCCGCCUCGGUGCCUCUGGACUCGGACGGGUCCGUCCGCGGUAAGCCGGCCCCGGGCGGCGAGAGGGCAAGGGAGCACCAGCUGGCCGGCGCCACCGACCCGCAGCCGGAGCCGGGCAGCCCGCAGCCCGCAGGGUCUCACCCGGCGCUGUCCCACCAGAAGAGCUCCUCCCUGGGUUCGGCCGGCUUCGAGAGCCUGGUGGACCCCGCGGCCGCAGCGGGCGAGCGGCGGGCGAGGAAGAGCGCCGGCGACUCUGGCAUCGGUAGAUUUGGGCCAAGUAAUGCGGAUCCAUCAAGGGCGAAUCCAGGAAUGUUCCAGCUGGACAUCGUGCUGAAGAAGGGGCAGAACUUGGCCAUACGGGACAGAAGAGGAACCAGCGAUCCGUAUGUCAAGUUCAAGAUCUCUGGGAAGGAAGUUUUUAGAAGCAAGACGAUUCACAAAAACCUGAACCCCGUGUGGGAGGAGAAGGCCAGCCUUCUUGUCGACAGCCUGCGGGACCCCCUGUACGUGAAGGUCUUUGACUACGACUUCGGACUGCAAGAUGACUUUAUGGGCUCAGCCUACCUCUACCUUGACACCCUGGAGCACAAAAGGACGACGGAUGUGCUGUUAAAGCUGAAGGACCCCCACUACCCCGAACACGACCUGGGGACGCUGUCGCUCGCGGUCACCCUCUCCCCGAAAGAGGGAGACUUCAGAGAAGCUACCAUGCUAUUGAGAAGGAGUUGGAAAAGAGCGAGUAAGCACCAGAACCAGAGCCUGCGGCUGUCUGAUCUGCACAGGAAGGCCCAGCUGUGGAGGGGCAUCGUCAGCAUCAGCCUGAUUGAGGGUCACGACCUGAAGCCCAUGGACAAAAAUGGCCUGAGUGACCCCUAUGUCAAAUUCAGGCUGGGGCACCAGAAGUACAAGAGCAAGACGAUAGCCAAAACUCUGAACCCGCAGUGGCGGGAGCAGUUUGACUUCCACCUGUACGACGAGCUGGGCGGCAUGAUCGACAUCACCGUCUGGGACAGAGACGCUGGCAAAAGAGACGACUUCAUCGGCAGGUGCCAGGUGGACCUGUCCAGCCUCGCCAAGGAGCAGACCCACCGGCUGGACCUGGAGCUGGAGGAGGGGGAGGGCUCCCUGGUCCUGCUGGUCACCCUGACCGCCUCCGCCACUGUCAGCAUCUCCGACGUGCUGGACGACCCCUGGGAGCGCCAGCAAGUCCUCAGACGAUACAGCCUGGUGAGGUCCUUCCACAACCUGAGGGACGUGGGGAUUGUCCAGGUGAAGGUCAUCCGGGCAGAGGGGCUGAUGGCAGCUGACGUCACAGGCAAAAGUGACCCAUUCUGUGUGGUGGAGCUCAGUAACGACAGGCUGCAGACUCACACGGUCUACAAGAAUCUGAACCCGGAGUGGAACAAGGUUUUUACUUUCAACAUUAAAGACAUCCACUCGGUCCUUGAAGUGACAGUUUAUGAUGAAGACAGAGAUCGAAGUGCUGACUUUCUGGGCAAGAUUGCCAUCCCGUUGUUAUCUAUUCAAAACGGCGAACGGAAAGCCUACGUCUUGAAAAACAAGCAGCUGACAGGGCCAACAAAGGGGGUCAUCUUUCUGGAAAUAGAUGUGAUUUUCAAUGCUGUAAAAGCUGGUCUGAGAACUUUAAUACCGAUAGAACAGAAGUAUAUUGAGGAGGAGCCAAGAGUCUCCAAACAGCUGCUGCUCCGUAACUUCAACCGUGCGAAGCGCUGCGUCGUGGCUCUCCUGAGCGCCGGAUGCUACGUCAACAGCUGCUUCGAGUGGGAGUCGCCGCAGAGGAGCCUCGCUGCCUUUCUGAUCUUCCUGCUGGCGGUGUGGAACUUCGAGCUCUACAUGGUCCCUCUGGCCCUGCUGCUCGUGCUGCUGUGGAACUACAUCCUCAUCCUCCUGGGCAAGGACACCCGGCAAGGUGACGUGCAGCAGGCAGUGGAGGACAUUCUAGAGGACGAUGACGAGGAAUAUGACAAAGACGACAAGGUCCCUGGUUCUCUCCCCUCAGCUGAUGCCCACCUGCCCUCAAGUCAUAUCCUUGAGGAUAUGUUGGCUUCCUGGCAUUUUGACUGGAUACACAUUAUGGUGGACCCGGAGAGAAAGGGCUUCAUGAACAAACUCUACGCCAUCCAGGAUGUGUGCGUCAGCGUGCAGAGUGCCCUGGACGACGUGGCCUCCUACGGGGAGAGAAUAAAGAAUACCUUCAACUGGACUGUGCCUUUCCUGAGCUGGCUGGCCAUCGUGGCUCUCUGCGUCGCCAUCGUUAUCUUAUACUUCAUUCCCCUUCGAUACAUCGUCCUCGCCUGGGGUGUUAAUAAAUUCACCAAGAAACUCCGCGACCCGUAUACAAUCGAUAACAACGAACUGCUGGACUUCCUCUCCCGAGUUCCUUCAGACGUACAAGUGGUGCAGUACCAGGAGCUGAAACCAGAUCUCGGUCACAGCCCCAGCAAGAGGAAGAAAAACAAUCCUGGCUAGCCCACCCAGCACAGGGGCGAUGAAAGGGCAGUCCUGGACCCACCGCCUGCCCAGUCCCUCGUCUUCUACUGUCCUCAAUUUAUUUUCUUUGUGUACGAUAGGCAGAAACAUAUACUGUAAUGAUCAUUGUAAAAAAACAGUUCUUUUUUUCAGGAGGGUAGAAAGUAAACGGUACUUGAACCCCCCCAGAACAGUGUGAGCAAUCUCAAGCUAAUGGGUUUGAUUUAAAGGCAUGAUCUACCUUUCUCCAGGAAGGAAUUCUGCUGAAGGAUACCCACAGAUGUGAUGGUCAGUCUCCGGUAUCGUUUUUCCCACCACUGGCUCGUCACUGAGGUUUGAAUGGUUAGUCCCUUAUUUGCAUAGCGACACACAGCAAGCUCAGAGAUGAGCUGUUUCAGCAGCUGCGACGAGGGGCCUCAGUUUUACCCAGUUAAACAGUGAUGCUUCAUGCACCCACUUAUUUAAGCCUGAGGAAGGCAAGAAACGCUCGAGCUGAGUUUAGUUCUGGUCAUGAGAAAGGGCUAGUUUGGCACUGAACUGGUUGUGGGCUCCACUGGGGGGGCGGGACAGCACCGGUCUUCUGGCAUGGUGGCAUUCUUCCCUGUCUAAGGACGGGGGUGAUGUAAUUUAAUCCUGACAGGGUAAGGAGCCAGGAUCUGAUGCUGGUCUCUCACGGGCUGCCCACUGCACCACUCCCUGGACAGCAGCUAGCUCUGCCAGGCCAGUGGACCGGCCGCCUGCUGGGGCAGACAGUCACACUGCCCAGACUCGCUUUGGAACUGCCCCGGUACACCAGGCGCAGGCUCAUCUCUGACCAUGGGGCAGCGCUUCCAGUUGGGCACAGCGAGUAAUGGGACAGUGCGGUGCUGCAGAGAGACCUACAGUCUGCCCACCACAGGAGGGAAGCCGGACCUGGGGGCCGAGCCCUCUCGUCAGCCAUCACUCCCUCCCUGCCACCGGCUCAGCACCAGGCCGGGCCUGUGGAGCCGAGGAGAAAUGGAAUCUUUGGAAAUGGAAAGUGCCCGUGCGUGAUGCCCACUCUCACACCAUGGACCUCGUGCUCCAGACAGGUUGUUCUUUCAGUAAAACAGUACUGGAUGUUUGCCAAAAAAAAAAGAAGACGACAUACUGUAGCAGGAUAAACGGAGGUAAAAUCCAUCCGUAAGAAGUGUGAAUAAUGUGAAGCGUGUUGUAUGUGCGCCUGUAGGCCAAGAGGGAAACUCUGUGCACUGUGGAGCUCUGGUGCACUUGCCUGCCCGAGUUGUUUUAAUCAGAAUAUGUCUUCUCUUCUCUCACAACAGCCUUAAUCAAUUUCUUAGAGCCCAUUAGAGACGAUGUUUAUCAAACAAAAGAUAAACAUUGUCAAUGCAUUUAUCAUGCUCAAUUUCACACAUGUGUGGCACAGCUGCUCAGUGGUCAGCAUUGCUACCCGGCAGCACUGGGGCCCUGGGUUCAAUUCCUGGGGUGCCGUCUGUGUGGAGUCUGUAUGUUCUCCCUGGGUUCACAUGGGAUUCCUCCCACAGUCUGGAGACAUGCUGGCAGGUUAUUGUCCCUGGUAUAAGUGUGUGAGUAAUCGUGUGCCCUUUGGUAGACUGGUGUUGUCACCCAGGGUGUGCCCUGCCUUGCGCCAGGUGCUUGCUGGGAUAGGAUCCGGCUCCCCCACAGCCCCGGGUUGGAUAAAGAGGUUGGAAGGUGAACAAGAGCUGCAGGCCGAUCAAUCAGGGCCCUGGGCUGAGCAGAGUGCGGCUGGCGUCCGUGGGGGGAUACCCCUCUCUCCCGGGGCUGCCUGCACCCUUUGUCCCGGCUCCACCUCGCGCUCCCAGCCAGCUUCUGUCCUCCUUUCACAACCGGAGUCGUGUUUCUGUUUGGGAGGUGGGAAGAGUAGGAGCCUUUGGACUCUCGGGUCCCAUCCUGACUUUUCCUUCUCCUUCUAACACUAUACGGAUUCAGGAUGCAGUGUGUGUGUGUGGGAGACCUAGGGGGCUUUCCAAGAGCAUCUGUUUGAGGAUCAUCGCCAAGAUUAAUAUAGGAAAAAGAAUGUUUCCCCUGCUCGCUCCCAGAGGAAGAGGCUGGAUUUCAAUGUCGCCUUCAUCGAUGAAGAAAAUACUCGGAACACUUCAAUUAGCUUCACAAGUCCCACAAUAACUACCCCAGCCUGCAGUGCCCUUUCAUUCUGUGCAUUCAUACGUGCAAUAUACAUAAAAGAUUCAGAAUCACCCAAAAUACCAUUUUUAUAUUAUUUUAGCAGCAGUUUGGUCUUGUUUAUAUUAUAGAUGUUGUUUAUGUAACAUUUAAGAUUGCGUGUUUCAAUACACUGCUGUCAACUGAAAACUGAUCUCCUGAAGCACUUUCUCAUGCUGUAAUCUAUAAAAACAUGGAUGUUUAUACAUGCGUAUGUUCUUUAGAUUUAGAAAAUGUCUGAUGAGCACUUUGCAUUGCACUGCAGAAAAUGGUGCAAAGAACGAUUUUGCUCAGAGAGGUGAAGAAGGGGAUGUUGAAUGUUGAAGAAGGGAGAAAUCAAAACAGAAUUUGUUCCUGGUGGAUCUCACUCUAGAAUAUUUGCAUCAACGAUAUUUAUGAGUUUUCUGUCCUCAUCCUUGCCUUUUCUAUUGUGUACAUAAUUUAUUACUGUGUUUUCUAUGCUUGUAAAGCAAGGUCACCUAUUUAUGAUACUGUACAGAUGUACUUCAUUUCUGUAAGAACCUGUGUGACGAGCUAGCUUUGGCGGGCAUGCCAUCUGCUCAGCGCUCCUCUGAAUUCACAGUACGGGCUGCCGUCCCCAUCCACACAGCUUGCUGGUCACUUUACUGGGGAGGGUGGAGGGGAGUAAGGCUCAGAUAUGUAAAUCGAGAUAUAAAAAUUGAAUGCAUCUACUGUAUGUUACGUGAGAAAUUAAAUAUUUUUAUUGCAAGCCAAAUAAAGAGAACAUAAAGUGAGG